ACAAAGGACCAGCUUCUAGGCUGCUGUUCCUCUGCGGUAACAUUGUCCGCGCGUUCGCCACAACCAUUAUUGCCUGCUUGGUUAGGGCUUCUAGAACACCACAUCGGGUGGACAGCGGUCAUCAGGGGUGGGGCCAGCUGGCUCCUGGUCGAGUAUCACAAGUCACAUCGGAAACAAUAAUGCGAGUGACGGCUGGCCAGAUCGGAGGUGACCGCCAUCAUCGACACCCAAGAGAUGCACGUGCCUUUGCUCUACGCGCUGUUGCCGGUCGCAUUAUUAUUCUCUUGUUUUUCUGGUGUUUCUUUUUGUUGCUCCUAUUAUUUGAUGCCCGAAUGUCGACUGUUUCCCCGCGGCCUGAUUAUCUAAUUUCCCCCCUCGCUGUCGGCGCAUUGCAAUUAAAUCCGCUGCCCAGGGGGGUUUGGCCUAUCAUCCAUCACAACCUCACCGCCAGUCUAUAUGCUGCCUUGAUCAUGAAGCCUCAACUCAUCUCUCUCUCACACCCCUCGCCAUGACUCACACCCUUCAUGAUGCUGAUGACAGGGCAUGUGCUUGGAUAUUCAACUCUCAUCGGCUCUUUUUUUAUUUUAUUAUUUCAUUUUAUUAUCUAUUCCUGUUAUUCACGUUAUUCAU